GCCCUGAGGGGGCUGUUGGCCAGCUGGGCUUCUGUUUACAGCCGUGGGACUCGGCGUGUGGCUGGGCGGGGGGAGAGUUGGCGGCUCGGAGGGCCGGCGGAGGUGGCUGUGGCGCUGGAGGAACAGGCUUGAUUUUUUUUUUUUUUUUUUGCAACCGGCGUGGACGAUGGGAGGCGCGGUGAGCGCGGGAGAAGACAACGACGAGUUGAUCGACAACCUGAAGGAGGCUCAGUACAUCCGGUCGGAGCUGGUAGAACAGGCCUUCAGGGCGGUCGACCGGGCUGACUACUACCUGGAGGAAUUCAAGGAGAACGCCUAUAAAGAUUUGGCCUGGAAGCAUGGCAACAUCCAUCUCUCUGCUCCCUGCAUUUACUCCGAAGUCAUGGAAGCCCUGGAUCUGCAGCCUGGACUUUCUUUCUUAAACCUAGGAAGCGGCACCGGAUAUCUGAGCUCCAUGGUCGGGCUCAUCUUGGGUCCUUUUGGAAUAAAUCAUGGCAUAGAGCUUCAUGCUGACGUUAUAGAAUAUGCAAAGCAGAAACUGGAAUUCUUCAUCAGAACAAGUGACAGCUUUGACAAGUUUGAGUUCUGCGAGCCGUCCUUCGUCUCUGGAAACUGCUUAGAAAUCUCUCCAGAGUGCUCUCAAUACGACCGCGUCUACUGCGGAGCCGGCGUCCAGAAGGAGCACGAAGAUUACAUGAAGAACUUGCUGAAAGUCGGGGGGAUUCUCGUCAUGCCCCUGGAGGAGAAGUUGACGAAGAUUACUCGAACAGGCCCUUCCGCCUGGGAGACCAAGAAAAUCUUGGCUGUUUCCUUUGCUCCUCUAAUCCAACCGAACCAUUUAGAUUCAGGGAAGUCAAGACUGGUUCAUUUGCCCCCGGUGACGGUUCGCAGCCUACAGGACCUGUCUCGCAUUGCCAUCCGCGGCACCAUUAAAAAGCUGAUCCAUCAAGAAACCAGCAAAAAUGGGAACGGCCUCCGGAACCCGCCGAGGUUUAAACGGCGGCGCAUCCGGCACCGCCGCAUGGAAACCAUCGUCUUCUUGGACAAAGAGGUCUUCGCCAGCCGGAUCUCCAACCCUUUGGAGGAUAAUAAUUGUGAGGAAUUGGAGGAAGAUUGCCGGGAAGAGGUGGAAAAACCUGUGCCAGAACUGAAGCCCGAACCGGCGACAAACACCUUGAGAGAAAAGAUUCUUACCCUGCCUCUCCCCGAUCCUUUGAAAUAUUACCUGCUUUAUUACAGAGAGAAAUAGGAGCCUUGGGGAAGCAGUGAUCAUCGUCAAGGAGGGAGGCAGGACAAUGAAACGCUCGGCGGGGCUGACAAACGCAAGGCCCCUCGCUCACCUUUUCACACAACCACCCGCGUGGGGUGAGAGCUUAAACUGGGGGACACGGCUGCCAGGAAUUUAAAAAUGGGAUGGCCUCUUUUACUCCCCACCCUCCCAAGAUCCUUUCCUUUGACUUGUGCGCUCCUGUUUGCUCCUAAGCAGAACUUCCUUGGUGGGGAAGAGAAUGUGGCAAGCCAACCCCUUAUAACUGAUGAAUGUUGUGCCGGUUUUGAAAAGGAAAAAAAAAAAACCUUGAAAGAAAAAUCACACAUUUGCUGAAAUAUCUGUGAAUAUCUCCACUGUUUGUUUGUUUGUUUGUUUGUUCAUUCCUCUCUUUCAGGAAUUAGUUUGGCGGGACCCCAAAUGCCUCGAUUGGCCUGCAAAAAACAAAACAAAAAACAACCCCAGCAAAUCGUUGCGUUGAAUUGGACCCGCUCCGCCUCGUAUCUACAACAACCCACUGGAAAAAAAUAUAUAAAUAAAGUAUAUCUUAU